AAUAUAACCGACAGACGAAGGGCAAUAUUGAAUAUGGAUACUUUUACGAUAUGUUUAACGGUUAGUUGUUCGUAAGCAUAUUAAAUAGUCGAGCUAAUAAUAUUGUAUAUUCAUAUAUUACUUUAUUUCUUUUUGCUAUGUUUUAUUUUUAAAUUGAUUAGUUAAACACUGGAGAACUAUUUAUUAAUUUCCGUAUUCUGUGAUAGUAUUCAUUAUGUUUUAGUAUAAUUAUAUAGGUAUAACCCAAGUAAUGUUUACGAUGAAGUUUGUGUCAGUCCUUUUGUGUAUUAUUUGUCUUAAUUACACUUUCGGUUCUAAGCUCAAUGUUCCUCGUGUAUUAUUACCGGUGUUCGACACAUUUACUGUGAAUUUUAAUAUAGAAGUGACAGAUGAUGGCUGCUAUAAGUGGUAUGUAUUUUGAAAUGUUUUUAUAAAGGUAUUAAUAAGUACAGUAAAUCUUUCUAAACAAUUGUUGGUGUUAAUAUUUUUAUUAAUACUGUUCAUUUUAUUUAAAAUUGGUUGUUCAAUGUUUCUACAGGUCAAUAUUCAGGGGAGACAAUGUUAUCAAACUCGUUCCGUUGGAUAUGAAUCCAACUCUUGAAUGUUCAAGUAAAGCUUCUGUGUCUUCCUUGUCCAACGAGAAGGUUCGUCAAAUAGCCAUUAUAUUUGCAGAAGAUGCCAUUACAGGCGAAACAAUUCGCUGUGAUGUUAUUGUUGAUACUAUAGCAUCGUUACAAAUUGUGACUAAAACUAGAGAGCUAUUUGUCGGUGAUGCACCUGAACUUUUUGAAGUAUCUGCAUUUGAUGACCAAGGUACUUAUGAUAUAUAAUUCAUUUUUUUUAAGUACAUAAAUUACCUGUAUAAAUCUAGUUUAGUACCCAAGCUCGUUUUUGAAUUUUAUUUUUCAAAAUGUGUUUUUUAAUGCUUAACCCAUUGGUAAAAUCAUAAUUUAUCUGUCAUACUUAUUUUUGAAGUUAUUGUAUAUAAACCUUGAAAAAUACCAAUCCAUUUGGAAUUAAUCCAAAAUGUUGUUGAAAAUAAACAUUUUUUAAAAUUAUCAUUAUGAUUUAUAUUUAUUGAUAUUUCGAUAAAAAAAUUUUUUUUAUUGAAGUCUGAAUAAAUCUAUCUGGUUUAGUUUUCCUAUUGCUUACCUGAUGUGAUUUUGCACGUUAAAUCUAGGGUUAUAUUUGAUUAAAAUAGUCUGAGCAAGCGAGUGACCAGGUCUCUAGGUGCACCAAAAUGCUUUAUGUACAAUAACUUUAAAAGUAAGUAUAAUAGGUAAGUUUUGAUUAUAUAAAUGGAUUAUGUAUUUAAAAACACAUGUUUUAGAAAAAAAAAAAAAUUUGAAAAAAAAGAUUGGGCCCUAAACUAGAUUUGUUCCAUUAUUUUGCAUUUUAUGAUUCUUAAUUUUUUUAACUUAUAUAAAUUAAAUUUGUUUUCUAACCGAUUAUAUUCUAUGGUUUGGAGUGUACAGUAGAUAGAAAAAUAGAACAGAAUGAAUGUAACUAAAAUAAGACAAAAUAGAUUGAGAUGGUUUGGGUAUAUCAUAAAAAAAGAGGUAGUUGGAUGUGAUUGAGAAUGAUAUGUAGGUGGCUUGUAUUAUUUGCAAGGAUAAUUUGAGAGAUUAGGUUAAGUGAAAGUUUAUGAUGAAGCUAGCCAACUCCAAAUAGCUGAGAUGAAAGUGAAAACAUUUGAUUUCAAACUGAAAUAAAAAUUUAUAUUUAAUGUAAACGAAAAAUUAUUUUCUUUGUAUGUACCCAAAAUAAUUAUAAGUUAUUUGUUCCAUAUGUAGGUAAUAUUUAGUCAUUUUUCUUUUUUCUUAGGUAACCAAUUUACAUCAUUAGAUGGUGUAGAAUUUCAGUGGUCUAUAAAAGUACUUAAAAGUUCAAUAAAUACUGUUUUAAAGUUUAUUCCGUUUAAAGAUUCUUCAUAUAGAACUCCACCAGAUCUGUAUGAAUUAGAUCAGAAAAAUAGACAAGGCCAUAUGGUUCUUGUCGAAGGUGUUAAAACUGGAUUAGCAUUAGUAUGUCUAAUACUAUUUAAUAAUCUAAAGUAAUUUUUAAUAAGCCUAUAACUUUUUGUUUAGGUUUCAGUAAAAUUAUUUUUAUAUGAUGAGCCUACUACACAAGUUGAAUUAUCAGUAAUUGCGAAUCUAAGACUUGAACCAUCAUAUGUUGCAAUUCUACCUGGCGAUCUUAUCCAAAUUGACAUAUAUCAAGUAAACUAAUAUUUUAAAUGUUGUCUGUUUUUCAAUAUUUGAUGAAAUUUAUUAUUUGCAUUAGAUACAAAAUGAAAAAUUAGUCAAGAUUAAACUUCCUUCCAAUCAAUAUUCAAUUGAAAUGGAUCCAUCUUCAACUAUAGAUUCAUUAAAAAUUGAAAAUGAUUCUGGCCUUUUCCGAGGUCUUAAAAGUGGUCAAAUUAGGUUAAAUUUAAUAGAUUAUCAUGCAGAAUCUAAAAAUGAUACCAUUCCCAAAUCAAUUAGCAGUUUUAUAAGUGUCUCUAAAAUUGAUUAUUUGUCAAUUAUUGUUAAACCUUGUAAUCGACAUAAUUUAAUUAUUAAUGGUUUAUACGAAUUGGAAGUUCAUCUAUUCAAUAAGUAUAGCAUAUAAUAUUAAUGAUAAUUCAUUUUUUGUUUUUUAUUCAUUAUUUAUAUAUUUUUCUUUCAGUCACAAUCAGUCUAUUAAUAUUGGAUCUAACGUUAAAAUUGUGAUGAAUUUACCCAAGGAGUAUUUUAAAAUAUUGAAUAUGGCUAGUAAUGGAACGUAUGCUAUUGUACAGCCUAUUAAAUUAGGUACACCAAAAAUAGAUGCAACAUUAAUAGAACCAUACCAUGAUUUCAAAUCAUCUGCUCAAACUACAGUAACUAUUUAUUCAAAAGUGAAAGUUACACCAAAUGUAAUUAUUUUUCCAUGGCAUGCGAAGCAAAAUAAUGGGUAAUUAUGUAAACAAAAGAAUCUGUUUAUAAAUUCCUUUAAAAUUUAAGAGUUAUAUGCAAAAUUUAAAAUUAAUCUUUACUAUUUCAAAGUUCAUAGUUUUUGACAUUUAUAUUGAUACUAAAUUAUAAUUAUUAUAAAAAUAAAUUAUUAUUACAUGUACUGUUUAACAAAAUUAAAAGAAUAUAGAUAUUCUUUUCUUGAUUAAAUAAAAUAAAAAUUAUAGGUAUUUUCAUAUUUAUAAUCAUAAACAUUAUUAAGACUAUAGUUGAUUUCAAAAAAAGUAGCCCAAAAAAAGGUAGCACGGCUGAUGGACAUUUUGACACAGGGGCUUUUAAACAUCUGUCAAACAAUAAUGAUAUUGUUGUUCGGCCACCUGUUGUUUCAUAGAACUACUUACAGGCUCUACUGGUCAAUAUUAAGAACCACUAUUUUUCAGAAAUUGCGUCACCAGUCACACUCCCGUCAGAAGUCACUUUUUGUGAAAUCUUCUAUAUGCUAUAUUCAAUUUAAGUUUACCAAUGUCUAUAACUUAAUAUGUUUUAUCUGUUGGCUCUAUAUUAUUGUACAUUUUAUCAGAAAUUUGCUUCACAAUUUAAUUUUUUUUUUUUUUUUGAUUUACGUUGUAAAGACCUAUAUACUUGUACAAGUAUAUAAUUUACUAAAUACUACAAUUGCAUCUAAAAUUAAUAACAGUUAUCUAAAUAAAACUAUGGGAAUAUCUUAAUGCAAAGUAACACAUUUGUUUCAUUGAUUCUAAUAUGAAGUAUUUUUCUAUUGAUUUAAGAACAAUGGUUAUAGUUCAAAACUCUAAUAUAUAAUUUAUUCCUUAAAUUUCAGAUUACAAUUUUUAUUGGAAGCUACUGGUGGAGAUAAAAAAUAUAGUUGGAAUAGUAAUGAUUUAACUACAAGUACUGUAUCAUCUACAGGACUUGUCACAGUUCAAGGAUUAGGAAAGACAUAUAUAUCAGCUACCAUGACCAGGGAUUCAUUAAAUAAAGAUGGUGCUAAUAUUUAUGUUCUUUCGCCAGAUAAUUUAAAAAUAAUUGGUCAGCCAGUAGAACAAGAAGUGGGCAAACACAUUAUUUUAUAUAUGCAAUUAUUUGUGAAAAUACCCAAUCACGAAGAAGAAAUAAGUAUUACUACAUGCAACCAUAAUCAAUUUAAAAUUGAAAUUGAAGACUCUCAAUUUACAAUAAAACAUAAUGUUGACUCUUAUUUAAAUAACUCCUGUGCUGCAUUUUCUAUAAGCUCAGAGUCUGUCGGUUCUACUAAAGUAACUGUUUCGUUUCAUACUAUUAAUACAAUUUUAAAAGCAACAGUUGUGGUAAGUACAUACAAAAAAUUAGUUCCAUUACGCCCAGAAGCCAAACGUACAAUUUUAGCACCUGGUUGUUCCACAACAUUGUUGUUCUAUGGAGGUCCUCAACCAUGGCUUGGCCAUAGUGUUGGUUAUAAAGUAGAAUUUGAAAUUGAUGAAAAUCUGGUAACAUUUAAAGAACUUAGUGUCGUUCGUGAUGUUGAUGGACAUAAAACGUAUGCAUACUUAAUUACAUGUGAAAGUUUUGGAUCAACCCAAGCCAAUUUAACUAUUAAAAGCAUUCCAAUUGGUAAUGAAAUGAAAUUAGAAACAAUAGCACAGACAUCAGUUGAAGUGUUAUGUGCAUCACCAAAAUUUGUAAAAGUAUUCGUUGCAGAUAAUGAAGAAAAUUGUCCAAUUUCCAAGUCUUCAAAUCAUAUAUUUGCUUAUAUAUAUGAAAAAUUAUUUGUUCAAAUUAAUGUAAUUGAUGAGGAUGGUAAUAUUUUUGAUAAUGCAACAAUGAUAAAUGCUAGCUGGGUCAUUGCAGAUCCUGAUCUUGUAAGAGUUGUCACUUCUCUUGGCUUAAAUGAAAAAACUGAGUAUGGUUUUUCAUUCCCUAACUAUCAUUAUAGUAUUUUAGAGCCCUUAAAUAAAGAAGGCUCCACUGAAGCUGUUUAUCAGUUAACAGGGUAUAAAAAACCAUUUGUUAUUCCAAAUAACUCGCGAUUUAGUUCUUUUUUAACACCUAAUAAUGAACUGUUGGAAAUAAUUCCAAAAAUUAAACAUUCCAUGUCUAUACUUUUAUUUGAUAAUCCUCUAUUAACAUACAAUGAGAUUUUAGUUGUUUAUAAUCCAGAAAUUACAAAAUCACUUUAUAUUAGUCAAGGAAGUGGUUACUUCAGAAUACAUCAGAGUACACAAAAAGUAGCUAAAGUAUCUCAUACUGGUGGAAGACAAAUAGAUGUAACUCCAUUGGCUCCAGGAGAUUUAGUUGUUAACAUUAGAGAUAUUUGUGUAAAAUCAAAGUCAGUUGAAGCUACAUUUAAAGUACGAAAUAUUUAUCGCGUGGAAUUAGUAACAAAUACUUUUGUUGAAAUUGGACAAACCAUACGAGCUAUUGUAAAACUGUAUGAUUCCGAAGGUCAUAAUCUUCCUAUUCUACCAGGAGUAGUCAAUAUUCGACCAGUAAUUGAAGUGAAUUCCGUAUUGACAAUUAAACCUGAACCCAGCUUAUUUGAACAGAAAUAUCAGACAGAAUUUUCAAUAACGGGAUCUUCAUUAGGGAAAACAAAUAUAUAUUUUGUUGCUGAUACAUAUCCAAUAAAAGAUAUUCGUUCACCAACUGCUUCUAUUCAAGUGUAUUCUCAAUUACUGUUGUCUCCUAAAAAUUUAACUUUAGCUGUUGGAUCAAGUUAUCAGCUAACAAUUACCGGUGGACCACAUUUAGAAUGUGUAUUUGAGUUUUUACCUGAUGAUGAACAAAUAACUAAGGUUUCAAAUGUAGGAAUUGUCAAAGGUUUAAAAAUAGGAACUGCUACAAUAACUGGUAUGGCUGUUGGUGCUGAUGUAUUAAGUGGAAUGAAAGUUAUAUAUUCUAAAGAUACAAUUACAAUUAGAGUUAUUAAACUAAAUAACAUUAAAAUUGAAGUACCGUUAUUAAAAUUAAAAGUCGGAGAAGUUAUGCCGGCUUGGGUUCGUGGUGUACCAGACGUGCUAAGUCCAAUUAUAAUUGGUACUAUUCAGCCAUCACUAAUUUUCCAUUGGACCAUAUCUUCUGCUGGAAUUGUUCAAAUUUAUGAUAUUUUAGAAAAUACUGGAAUACUGGUAAAUAUUUAAUUUUAAAAUUGCAUAUUGUGUAUUAUUUUAUAAGAUAAAAAUGUAGAUUAAACACAAUUCUAUAUCUAUAUAAUUAAUUAUACUUUUAGUUGAUGUCAAUAAUUUGUUAAAAUAAAAAUAUUAGGUACGUGAACAAGAUAGAAUAUCAGUUCGUAUUCGUGCUGUGAAAGUGGGUAAUACAAGAAUUAGUGUUACUGUAUCAGAUCCAUCUACAAAAGUUAUCUUUACAAAUUUCAUUGAUAUUACUAUCUAUGAAGAAUUACGUUUGGUUUCACAUGAUCUUUUAUUAAACAGUUUAUUAGUUACUCCAAAUACUGAAUUCACACUAAUGACUAAUAAAAACAAAGUAAGUAAUAUUUGUAUUUUGUUGAUAAUUUUUUUUUUUUUUUUUUUUUUUUUUUUAUAUGCUAUACAACCCUUUAAGGCCUUUUGCAUGCUUCCACCAAGUUUCUCCAUCCAUUCCGGUCCAUUGCGUCAUCUAAUCGUUUUGAGUUGUCAGUAUUUAAAAUAUCCUUCUUUACCCUGUCUAACCAUCUCUGGUGAGGUCUUCCUCUUGGCCGCGUUUUUGUUACAUUUCUGAUAAAAACAGAAAUGUCUUGAUGUCAGCUAAUGUUGAUAUUAGCUGUGCAUUUAUUUUUUUUAUUUUUUUCACUAGAUAGCCAAACAAUUUUUCCGAUUAAUAGGGCAUUCUAAGAACAGUAUUCAUACAAUGUCUGUAGACGAAAACUCUGGAAUUGUUAGAACAACAGAUGAACUUGGACAUGCUCAUGUAUCUAUAAGUUCAAUAGAAGAUUUUGAUAUUGUGCAAUCUUUGGAUGUACCUGUCGAAGUAAAUCCAAUUUGUAUUAAAAUAAAUGUUUCUAAAAGUACUGAUAAUUUAAUUAUUAAAUAAUUUUAGGUGAAACGAGUGAAUUAUGUUAUGAUUAAUAUUGAAACUGAUAUCAAUUCAAAAGAACCUUCACAAAUGUCAGUUCUCCCUAGUGGAAUGAAUUUAAAAUUAAUUACUUCAUAUCAUGAUGAAAAAGGAGUACAAUUUAAAGCAGUUAAUUCUGAUUUAAAAUACCUAGCAAGUAUUCAAAAUAAGGUACAAUAAUGAUUAUGAUGAAAUUGAAUAUACAUUACUUUAUAUAAUUUACAUUUGUAUUUUAUAAAGAUAUCAAUGACUCCUGGGAAUCAAAAGCAUAUUAUGGAUGUUUCUUUAUUUGAAUCUGGAGAAAUAAUAUUAAAAAUUUGGGAUGAUGGAGUGUAUCAUUUUAAAGAAGAUUAUAUUAAAUUCCAUGUUGAACAUCUCAUUUAUCCAAAUAAAGUAUGUGCAUAAUGUUUUAAACAAAAAUACUAUUUUAUUUUUGAAAUAAUUUUAAAUUCACUUCAAUCUGUUAUAAUUAUUUUAAAAUAUUUAUUUGUUGAUUCAAUAAUAUAUGGUAUGCAAUUAUUCUGUUUUAGUUACUUUAAAAUAGAAUAACAGUACUUAAAAUAAAUUAAUAUGCAAUUUGUAAUAUAUUGUAAUUGCAGGCAGCUGUUACUGUUGGAGAUGUUAUAUGUUUUUUAAUGCCAGUAAAAUUCAAUGAGGAAGAUUCUAGUAAAUGGUUGUCAGAUAACAUAAAAACAUUAGCCAUUGAUAGUUCCUCUGGAUUAGGUGUAGCUAUGGCACCGUCAGAAGUUUUUGUAACAUAUUCUAAUAAUAAAUUCACAACAUCUACAAGUAUCAAUAUUUUACCAAUUAAAACUGUAUGGAAUUAUUAUUGUUAUAAUUAUUUAUAAACUAAUGGAAUGCCCUUAUGUAAUUUUAGAUAAUAAUUUUGCCCAUAAGCAAAAAGAUUUUAAGUAACAGUGAUAUUGUUGAUAUUCCAUUAAUUUUACUAAACGAACAAGAAUCCAUUUCACUGAUUAAAAAUAAAAAAGGAAAUAUGUGGGAAUGGCGUGAUGAUGAUUGUUCAAAUCGUGAAAAUACUAUUAAACGUUUCCCAUUCAUAUGUGAUGUCCACUUUGAAUCUAUUUUGUCAAACCAAGUAAAAACUCCCUCAAUAAGUCGUGUGUUUAAUGUUAGUCCUCAUUUUAACACAAAAACAGGUAUUUAUCUAAACUCAUUAUACCAAUGAAAUUUAUAAAACAUUUUUUUCCCCUUUUAGGUUUUUACAGUUGUCAACUCACACCCAUCACAAUUAUUGACCAAGAAUUGAGCCUCUUUCAGGCUAAAAUUGUUAUUCAAGUAUCUGCUGAUGGUAUAUUUACUGAACAAAGGGAUAUUACAUUUUUACCAUCAGUUUUUAUCGACAAGAAAGAAUUGUUUUUUGGCCAGUUCAGUGGUAAAGACAAACUCACUUUAAUUGGUUUAGCUAAAGUACUAUCACAAAUUGAAGUAAGUAGAACUAAUUAUUUUAAUUUUAUUACUUUUAUUAGUAAAACUUACUUUUUAAUGUAUUAGGUUACUUCUAGUAAUGAUUCAUUAGUACUUCCUAUACUUUCAAGUGAAAACGAGAAUGAAAAAGUGUAUUUAUUUAAUGUAAAUGAUGACUUUUGGAAUGCCAAACAUUUUAACCUUCAUAUUUUUGUGACUUCAAAUUUAACUGAUCAAACUGUAAAGGUUAGUGAACUAUUUUUGCUAUGUUUAUAGAAAUUAUUUAUUUUAAUUUUAUUAUAGAUACCAGUUGUGACAUCCCGUUCAUUAAAUGAAAAUGAUUUUUCAAGAGUUAAAUUGUCUAAUGAUCAUCAACAAAACACCAAAAAAAUUCAACAAUCAACAAUAUUCAGUAUUUUUUCUGGUUUUUCAAACAGUAUAUUUUCCAAUCCAUACAUUAUUAGUUUGGUUAUAAUUAUUAUAACUUCUUUAGUUGGUAAAUAUAAUUAUAAUUUUUUCUAUUUAGUAGAUAAGUAUUGUAUAUAAACUAUUAUCAUAUAGCAAUUACAUUUAAAUUUUAUUUUCAGUUUACUGUUAUGGAUUUUCGUUGAAUAAUAGAUAUAUUCCUCUCAUCAAGAGUGAGUAUAGUAUACUGUUAAAUAAUAUUUUUUUAAAUUAAAAAUAAAUUUGUAUAUAUUAAAUUAUGAAUCAUAUUUUAGGCCCUCAAACUCCACCAUCUCCAACAAAUGUAGGUUUUUAUAAUAGAAGUUCUUCAAGUGAUCGAAAUAGUAGAGCACGAUCAUUGGGUCUUAACAGAUCUCUAAUCAGGAUGAAUUAGAUCUUAUGCAAAAUUCUUGUCAUUUGUUUUGUGUUAAGGGACCUGAUCAUGAAUAUAAUGUAAAUGUUAUUUAAUAUUUUGUAAAUAAUAUCAUUUGUUGUGAUUUUAUAAAUGUACAUAAGUAUGACUAAUUCUUAUUUUUUUUAUUAAUAUGUAAAACUAAAUAAAUUAACAACUAUUGAAUGUAUCUUGUAAAAAAAUGUAUGUAUUAAAGUGUUUUACAGAACAUUUACUGACUUUA